AUGUAAAACACUUUGAGGGUACUCGUGUUGAAGAAUGGUUUUUAUUGUUGUUUCCAAUGGUUCAAUGCAACAGGCGUGGACAGGCGCGCGCUCGACUCUCCAACUUCUCCAGGCAUCUGCGCUUCACCACAAUCCCAGAGGAGCCUAAACCAUGGACACAAACCAAGAAAACCUCUACGAAAAAGUGGACGGAGACCACGUAUAUGACAGUCCGUAUGAAAACAUCAACACAGAGGCGAAAUACGAGAAUGUGGCACACGAGAGCGCCGCGGAACCGGUGUACAGCGAGAUCCACCGGAUAUCUCCAGAUUACAUAAAUACAAAAGAGACAACUCAAGAUGAAGAACGAGACACACCAUCCUCAGAUGAACAAGAGAAGAAGGCCGAAAGCCCGAUGGAGGAGGUUGAAGCAUCUAUGACCGAUGGAGAGGGGUCAAGGCGACAGUCCUCGUCUUCAGAGAGCUCCGGGGACCCUUGCGAUGACCAGCCUUUAUCGGUGAACGAUGACCUGCUCAUGGCUUACAGUCUCCCAGCGGACUCAUCUCCAGAACCAGAGGAGAUAGUUGACUACAGCCUGAAAAACGUUGAGGAGAGUACGACGGAAGAGACCGCGACUGUUUCUGAUCCAAAUCAGCCCGACAUUGCGCUUUUUGUCAAGGCUGGCAGUGAUGGUGAAAGCAUUGGAAACUGUCCAUUCUCCCAGCGUCUCUUCAUGAUCCUUUGGCUCAAAGGGGUAGUCUUCAACGUCACCACUGUUGACCUGAAGAGGAAACCGGCUGAUUUGCAUAAUCUGGCCCCAGGCACCCACCCGCCUUUCCUGACCUUCAACGGUGAGGUGAAGACAGACAUUAACAAGAUCGAAGAGUUCCUGGAGGAGGUUUUGGCUCCACCAAAGUACCCCAAACUCGCAGCCAGACACAGGGAGUCAAACACAGCUGGGAAUGUCAUAUUUGCAAAGUUCUCGGCUUUCAUAAAAAACACAAAGCCAGAUGCCAAUAUAGCUCUGGAGAAGGCUCUGACAAAAGCCCUGAAGAAGCUGGAUGAAUACCUGAACAGUCCCCUGCCUGAUGAGAUCGAUGCCGACAGCACAGAGGAGGAGAAGAGCUCAAACCGCAGGUUCCUGGAUGGCAAAGAGCUCACGCUGGCAGACUGCAACCUGCUGCCCAAACUGCACAUAGUGAAGGUCGUGGCCAAGAAAUUUCGCAACUUUGACAUUUCCAGCGAUUUAACAGGCGUGUGGCGUUACUUGAACAACGCGUACGCACAGGAAGAGUUCACCAACACGUGUGCGUCCGACAAUGAGAUCGAAUUUGCAUAUAAGGAUGUGGCUAAGAGGCUAGCCAAGUAAAGAAACAAACAAACAACACAACCUGACUUGGGGUAGGGUUAUAACCGAAGGCGUGUUUGCCAUGUAUGUCAAAACUAUUAACCCAAUAUUUUUACUUUCAUUUGCCCACGGCCCUGAUAAUAAAACAGCAGUUUCAUGCGCUGGUGCUGUAAUCUAGUAUUGAAACACAACAUGUUAUAUUUACAACUGAGACCAUUUCAACAUUCUGUGCCGUCUCUAUUUAAAGAGAUGCACGUCAUCUUUCUUGCUCUGUGCGUGACCACUAGCUCUUGCUGUUUUACUCCUUCAUUCGUAUUUUUUCAUCAUGUGUUUUUUUUAUCAGUCAUAAUGCUGUAGCACUUUUAAAAACAGGCUUGUUGAUGCAUUCAAAAUCUUCAGAAUGUGUGAAUUUUUACUUGGCUUUAACCUUAAUAUCUAAUCUUCCCUGUCACUUUGAGUUUAUUUGCUUUCAGUGAUGUUUUUAUUUUUGUGUAUAACGAACGAAAAGAUCUAAUUCAAGCAGCAGGAUAACCCCCCCCCAAAAAUGAGCCAUUAUUUACUCAUUCCAGAUUGAAGCUUACAUCCAGUAUUUAAAAAUAGACAUUUGGUUGUCACACAGUGGACAGAGAAUCCUUUAUACAAAGCUAUUGUUUGACACAGGUUGUAUGAACAAGUUGCAUGAUUUUCUUAAUUUUGUUGAUCUUUGAAAGCCACUGGUCACCAUGAGCGAUUUAAAAAAAUGUCUUUUGUGUUCGUUAGACAAAAGCAGCAUAUGAGUCUGGAACAUCAUUUAUAUGAAGUUUUCCU